GUACCGCAAGUCCGGGAUGUCACAACUGCUGUUUAUGGUCGGCAGUGUAGUCCUACGCUUUCCCGCUGGAGCGGCUGGACGGACUACAUUCCAGCGAAAUAAUCUCGCGGGAUUCUUCCACGGAAAUAUCGCGCGGUUUCCUGCUGUUUUGUAUAUGUGUGGCAGUCAGAGUUAAGGCAAGUCUGGGAAGGUGGAGACUUCGGGAUAACUUCCACAGUUAUUUUCAUAUUAAAAAAGAAAUAGUUGUACCUCGCGUACGCCUGUGAGGCUCAACGUAAGGUGACGACGAAUGGGUCCACGUUGCGAUUAACAAGUUUGUAACGGAAAUAACUCCUUUAGAAAUUACACAGGAGCGCACAAGUAGCUAGCUAGCUUGGAAGCUAUAUUGGACAUAGCUAGCUAGCUGGCUAGCUAACAGGCAUCAGAAAGCAAGAAGGUCCUGCAGUGAAGGACAGUAUGGUGGAAGUCGUUGUGGAGUAUGAAUACGACGCGCUCCACGAAGACGAGCUCACCCUGCGGCUCGGAGAUGUGAUCAGGAACGUCAGGCGGAUCGAGGAGGAGGGAUGGAUGGAGGGAGACCUCAACGGCAAGAGAGGCCUUUUCCCCGACAACUUCGUAAAGGAGGUAAAGAAGGAGUCCAAAGAGGAGGUGAAGGACGAGGUGCAGCCGGUGCGGAGGGAGAGGACCGGGGGGAACGUGGCCAGCCUGGUCCAGCGCAUGAGCAACUACGGCUUUCCCGCAGGGGGCUUUCAGCCCCCGUCGCACCCCAGGACUUUCAAAAAGAAGGUGAAGAAGCGGCAGUGCAGGGUGCUCUUCGAGUACCUCCCGCAGAACGAGGACGAGCUGGAGCUGAAAGCGGGAGACGUCAUCGACAUCAACGAGGAGGUGGAGGAGGGCUGGUGGAGCGGCACCAUGAACGGCAAGUCCGGGCUCUUCCCGUCCAACUUCGUCAAGGAGCUGGACGCCAGCGAGGAUGACGAGGUCGCUGACGCCGCGGACGAAGCGGAGGGCGGCGGCAAAGACGGCGCCCCCACCUCCCCGGGCGCCGGCAACGGCAACGGAGUCAUAGCGCAGCCCAAAAAGGUCCGCGGCGUGGGCUUCGGUGACAUCUUCAGAGAAGGGUCCGUCAAGCUAAAGGUCCGGCUGUCCAGCACCGAGGGGGAGGAGAAGAAACCCGACAAACCAAUUCCAUCACUGCCAUCCUCUGCAAAGCCCGCCCAUUCCACCAUGACAGACUCAGAUAAGGUAGAGGGAGAAAGCAAAGCUAAAGUGAAAGAAUACUGCAAGGCCAUCUACCCCUUCGACGCAUCAAAUGAAGAUGAAUUGACCCUGAAAGAGGGGGACAUCAUCUGCGUAUUGAAUAAGGAAACAGGAGAGCCUGGUUGGUGGAGAGGAGAGGUCAAUGGAAAAGAAGGGGUCUUUCCUGACAACUUUGUGACUGUGAUUUCCGAGACAGACAAAGAGGCAGUAACAUCAAGAGGCUCAUUUAAAACAUCUUCAAAGCUGGACUCUGAAGAGAAGCCCAAGAAGCCUCCGCCGCCUACGAAAAGCUUAGGGCCCAAGCCGGAGGUCCCCAGCGCUGACAAGAAGCCCACCUACCCCCGGCCGGAGGACAGAGGUAAGGACCAGCUACCCCCCGCCCCCCCCCCCUCGCCCAUCGGAGCAGGCUGGCGGAGUCCAGGCCCCUGUCCCGCUUUCGGGGAAAAGCGGUCCUGCCUGCGUUUUUCCCCCAGAUCUGCGAUGGUAAAGAGUCGUGCAGCCCGGCUGUCAGAUAGCGGAUCGAUAGCGAACGGAGCAGUGUUACUCCCCCCCCAUGUGCUGGGCAAAAGAACUGCCGGGAGUGGCUAUUUGUUGGGAUCGAACACACACACAGCAUGCUCCUAAUGUGAUUGUUGCCAUGCCGACACUUCAAAUCACUUCAGCCGUGCUGACGUUGUUCCUGUCGGGCGUAAGCACCGACACGUUUUCAGUCUGCCUGUAACUCUUAAUAAAACGG